AUGGGUGAUGUUGAGAAAGGCAAGAAGAUUUUUGUUCAGAAGUGUGCCCAGUGCCACACUGUGGAAACGGGAGGCAAGCACAAGACAGGGACAAAUCUCCAUGGUGUCUUUGGGCAGAAGACAGGUCAGGCCAUUGGAUUCUCUUGCAUAGAUGUCCAUAAGAACAAAGGCAUCACCUGGGGAGAGGAUACACUAAUGGGGUAUUUGGAGAAUCCCAAGAAGUACAUCUCUGGAACAAAAAUGAUCUUCGCCGGCAUUAAGAAGGGAGAAAGGGCAGACCUGAGAGCUUAUCUCAAAAAAGCUACUAAUGAGUAA